AUGUCUGAAGAAGAUUCUACUCAAAAAAUUUCUAUCGUGAAACCUAAACACCCAAAGUAUACCGAAAUGGUAGAAGAAGCAGUCAAAUUUUUAAACGAGAAGGGAGGCUCUUCUCGACAAGCCAUAACCAAGUAUAUCAAAGCAAAGUAUCUGGUCGGUGAGACCGCUAACAAUCAGAUUAAACUUGCGCUGGUCAAAAAUGUCGGCAAGGGACGCCUCGUGCAGACGAAAGGAGUUGGAGCUUCGGGCUCAUUCAAAAUUUCAAAGGAAGUGAAAGAAGAGGAGAAGAAAGAGGAGAAGAGGCGACUGAAGCAAGAAAGAAAAGAUUUGAAAGAUAAGGAGAACAAUGAAAGGGAUAUCAACAACAAGAAGACGACGAGCAAAGUUAAGAAAACCAGUAAGAAAAAACCGAAGAAUGUUGACGGCGAAGACAAAGAGAACGAAGAGAAAGAACGACCAAAGAAAAAGUCCUCAAAUAAAAACAAAGAAAGUACAAGUAAAAAGAAACGUGAGGGUUCUAGAGACCCUGCAGUGGAAAGGAAGUCAAAACCUAAAGCUAAAAAGUCCACAGUCAAAGAAGGCAGCGAAGGAGCCACGAAGGCAAAGAAGGUUAAGAAAGCCACAGCAAAGCCAAGUGCGAGUAAGAAAUCUUCUAUCGGAAAAAAAGAGAGCGAAAAAGGGAAAGACAAACAAAAAGUUCCGAAGUCUAAGAACACCUCGAAAGCGAAACCCAAGACCAAAAAAUAA